AAAGAAGCGAUAAAUAUAUUACAUUUCACACACAUACACACGCACACACGGGUUUUUAUACCCAUAUUAUGCAUAACCAGCACUUCUAUUUUAACUUAUCAUUUGCCCGAUUACAUCGUUAUUACACAUUCACCACUCAACGUACACACUGAAUAACGGACUAUAACGUUUGAGCAGGAACGCAGAAAAUCAGUGCAGUUAUUCAUAGUUUAUUCGCUGAUAGGCUCCCUUGAACUGAAAGAAAGGUCACACGUUCUUACUGAUUUAAAAGUGAUCCAGAGAUCGAUCGAAGAAAUAGUAUACAUCUGACUACUGCACAGUAUAUUAUUCCGACGGAUUCUCUCGUGCAAACAUGAUAAUUUUGCCGCUACUCUUCUGUGUAGUAGUUGCCAGUGUAGCUGGACUUCCUAAUCGCAGAUCAACUGAUUACACUAUAUGUGAGACUGAUGCGUGUCGCGCAGUUGGAGAGUCAAUUCUACAUAGUAUCGACAAAACUGUCGAUCCAUGUACUAACUUUUACGAAUAUGGAUGUGGAUUGUGGCCGAUGAACAAUCCUAUUCCAUCCAAUGAUGUAGUAUGGUCCACGAACCACGUACUAGAUUUGAAGACUGCUCUUCGCUUAAAAGAGGUUCUUGAAGAAGAGAGCGAAUAUGAUAACGUAGAUCCUAUAAAAAAGGUGAAACAAUAUUACCGUUCAUGUAUGGACGAAGAUGCUAUUGAAAAGGAAGGACUCGAACCUAUACAGGCAAUGUUGGAUGCGAACGGUGGAUGGCCGAUUCAAUGGGGAAAUCAAGAAUCAAACGGAAAUCGAACUUGGCAGGAAAUCGAUAUUAUUUAUAUGAAAAAAUUUUUCACUGGCAGUUUCCUCGAGUUUGCCUUUAUACCUGAAGAGGAAGACGCAACUAAAAAUAUACUUGCAAUAUCUCAAGGAAAAGCUUCUUAUAUCGAGGAUGAAAUUGUCAAAAGAAGCGAACGCUUAUUCCCAGCUUCAGAUGUACAUAAAGUAGUCGGUGUGUUGAAAGAAUUUAAGAAGCACAAAGGAAUUGAAACACCAAAGGAGAAUUUUACUGCAGACGUAACGGAGCUACUUACUUUCCAGGAAAAUCUCAACAACAUCAGCGAAUACGAAGAACAGAUUCAAAUAGGUAUGAAAAAAGUCCAGGAUAGAAUGACGAUUGCAGAAUUACAAGAAUAUUAUGAUCAGGCUGGAACAAAGAAUCCCACCGCACAGAUAAAUUGGCUGCACUUGAUACAAGAAUUGCUCGAAUCUACUGGCAAGACUAUCGAUUCUUCAUAUCCUGUGUUAGUGUACAAUAAACAUCUUCUUCACAAACUCGCCUACUUAUUAGAUGAUACUCCAGAACACGUAAUUGUCAGUUAUAUACAAUGGCAAUUAGUAAGUCAACUUUUACCAUACUUGACCAAACAAAUGAGAAACGUUAAUUUUGAAGCAAACUACAUAGGAUAUAAUGUGACCGAGCAAAAACCGCGCUGGCAAAUGUGCGUUUCAGAUAUAUCGCUACAAGACGCUCUGUCUGUUCUAUUUAUCAAGAAAUAUCAUUCACCAGAUACCAUAACGGCUGUGACAGAUAUGUUAAACGAUCUAAAGGUAGAGAUGAAGAAGCGUAUAUUGAAUUCAAAAUGGACAAAUGAUAAGGCGAAGAAUUUUAUGACAGAAAAAAUAGACAAUAUAAUAUCAUUGAUUGGUUACCCCAGCUGGUACAGUAAUGAGACAGCGAUUAUUGAACGUUACCUAGGGUUGGAGAUUGGGGAAAAUUAUCUCAAGAACAAGCUCGAUAGCAUAACAUACGAAAAUAAGAAGAAACUUCAGAAUUAUAUGAAACCCAUAGAUAGAUCCGAGUGGCAUGUCUCUCCUGUAACUCUCAAUGCAUUUUAUGCCGGACCGUUGAACUUAAUGGUUAUACCAGCUGCUGAGGUCCAAGAUCCAUAUUUUACUCCCGGUAUGCCGCUAGCGGUUAACUACGGCACGAUAGGUAUGGUUGUUGGACACGAACUCGCACAUAGCUUCGAUACUACUGGAAUUGAGUAUGACAAGGUUGGUAAUAGGAUUACAAGUGAUACAGAAACUAGUGAGGCUUUUGAUGAAAGGGUGAAGUGUUUCAUAGAUCAAUAUAAUAAUUUCACACUGGUUGAGGUAGGAGAAGAUGGAGAACCUGUCCACUUAAAUGGGCAACUUACGAAGGACGAAAAUGUCGCUGACAAUAUUGGUGUAGAAGUCGCGUUCGCGGCAUUCCAAAAACGUAAGCUAGCGACUGGACCGCAACCAAAACUGCCGGGGUUGACUGAUAUCAGCGACGAGCAAUUGUUCUUUUUGUCCUUCGCAAACAGCUGGUGCAUAGCAACAACGGAAGACUACGAGGCAGCUUCUGCUAAUAAAGAUGACCAUAGUCCGAACAAAUUUCGAAUACUCGGUACUGUGGCUAAUAUGGAAACCUUCUCUAAUGCUUUCAACUGUCCUGUUGACAGCCUACUUAAUCAAAGCCCGAAAUGCACUUUAUGGAAAUAGAGUGGAAAAUGUUGAAGAGGUUUUUAUUAAAAUGAAUUAUAUUGAACGAAACGUCCCUAUUUGGACAAGAUGUCGGCAACAUAACUCCAUAAAAAUUAUCUGUUAAUGUUGUUAAUCUGUUAAUGUUGCUAAAAUUAAAAAUAAAAUUCUGGAAACAUAG